AUGGAAAAAAUUUACCAUGAGCAGCAAGUAGAUAGGUUUUGUGCGCAGCACUGUCUUAAUGGUCUUUUGCAAGGACCUUACUUCACUGUUGAGUCUCUUGCGGAAAUCGCACAUAAUUUGGAUGAUAAGGAAAGGCGAGCGCGAAAUUCCUCGCAAAUGGAUUGUCUGAAUACUGAUGAAAGUGGGAACUUUUCAGUUCAGGUGAUAGCAAUGGCCCUUCAAAAUCUAGGUUUGGAAUUGGUUCCUUACAUGCGCAAGUCCGAAGAAGCUGAGGCAGCCAGAGCUGAUCCAACUUCGCAACGUGCUUUCAUUUGCCACUUUGACAUGCAUUGGCUAGCUAUCCGUCGUCUGGGUUGCCAAUGGUUCGACCUCAACUCCCUUCAUGCUCGUCCAAGACUCAUUUCUAACACUUACCUCUCCAUUUAUCUGGCCCAGCUGAACUCUGAAGGGUACUCAAUCUACUUUGUCACGGGUCACCUUCCUGAGUGUGAGGCCGAUCAGUAUUUGAUGCUGUAUCCCGUAUCGGAGACUUAUCUGACUCAACCCAGUCCCAGCUCGGGUGGCAGGGGAAGUGAAAGGGACGCCGACCUACAGAAGGCCUUGGUGUUAAGUCUUGCGGAUGAUGCCAAUGAUAUCUCCCUUCAGUCUGUCCUUGCGGAUUCAAAGAGGGAGGCGGAGGAGCUGGAGAUGCAGAAGGCUCUUCGAAUUUCUAUGCAGGGUGGGACAAGGGGUUUGAUUUUAACCAUCAUUUGA